AUUGCGGUUGGGAUAGCUUGCAAAUCGACACGACGCGUACAGUAAAACCACAGAAAACGGCAAGGGCAAGAAAAGGGCAGGGAUUCCAAUCGGCUUAAUAAUUUGCACGUAAUCAGGCUAAAAUGGUGAAACAGUGGGUUUUCAGCGGUCAGCAACAACAAAUUGAACCGCUUAGCCGAGUGCUUAAUACAGUUUGAGUCGAUCUACAUGAGUAAGCAAAUUAUGUUGGAAAAAAAGCCUAGUUAUGGCGCGAAAGAUGCUAUGCUUAACAAUGUAAAGAAGGACGCUUAUUUGCCUGAGAAAAGACCAACGUUGCGAAGGCGAAAGGAAAGAAUGACUGGGGGACAGAGUCCGACUGGAAGCACUCAAUCGUGUGGGAGCAACGGGCUCAGAGAUAGCCCCGUGGAAAAGGGGCAUCUACCUGCUUCAAACUUAUUUGUGUACCCGCUACAAAAGAAGUAUAUAUGCCUUGACUGUGAAGGACUUCUCUGGUAUCCAGUUCAGAUCAAACCUUGUGGGCACAGGGUGUGCACUAAAUGCUACACAAAGUUGCUAAGCUCUUCAGCAAGAUGCCCGGGUUGUAUGGAUGAAUUGAACGAGAACAUCCCUGACAUCGACAAGGCGUUCCACGAAGAGAUUCAGGAAUUGGACGUUAAAUGUCGUAAUGUGGAAUGGAACUGCAAGUGGGAAGGAUGCGUGAAUGAAUUCUCCUCUCACGUGGAAAAGUGUGACUAUUCUGACAUUCUCUGCGAAAACGACUGCGGGGCCAAGUUUCAAAGGCGUUUCCUCACCAAACAUCUGGAUAAGGACUGCCCCGAAAAGCUCAUCACGUGUCUUUACUGCGAUGAGAAACACUUACGAAAGGAUAAGAAGGGGCACCUAGAGAACUGCCCUCUGCUGCCUUGCCCUUGCCCCAACAAGUGUGACAAAAAGUUGACCAUACAUAGAUGUGAGCUUGAUUCACAUGUAGAAAACGACUGUCCACGAACCAAGCUCAUGUGCGAAUAUGAAGUGCUCGGCUGUGGACACAGGGGUAGCCGCGAGAAAAUGCCGAAGCAUAACAAGACCAACAUCAUCGCGCAUGUUAAAAUGGUGGCAGACUUGGCAUUAAAGAACAAAGAGCUCAUAAUGAGAUUCUCAGAAAAGCUCAGCGAGCAUGGGACGUUGAUAGAGAAACACGAAAAACGCCUCAACGACCUCGAGAAGAUUGCUCACAGCCAGCUGAUAUGGAGGAUAGAGGAUUACACGCGGAAGAUGAAGGAAGCGAAAGCGGGAAACACGGACACCCUGUUCAGUCCAACCUUCACCACGAGCAAGCAUGGAUACCGACUGUGUGCAUCGGUCUGCCUCAAUGGCGACGGCAAGGGGAAGGGAACACACAUGUCUGUCUUCAUCAGCGUGCUUAAAGGCGCAUUUGACGCUCUCCUCAAAUGGCCGUUUGAUUACCGAGUCACAUUUGUCCUCCUGGAUCAAAAUGACGACCCUGCACAACGCAAGCACAUCAGAUUCAGCAUCAAACCGAAUCCGUGCGCUGACAACGAGCCCUUCCUUGGUCGUCCACGGCUGGAGAAAAAUGCCAGCUUCGGUGGCGCUAAGUUUGCCAAGCACGAGGAAAUAGUGUCUCGUAACUACAUCAAAGAAGAUACCAUUUUCCUCAAGAUUUCCGUGGACUGUGAUGGACUUAGUGAGCCUUAGAAGACCAGGUGUAGAUAGAGUCCUUACAGCACUGCACUGCGGGAGAUAUGGCCAUGGCAGGUCGGGAUAUACCCGGAGAUUGUUCACAAUGCAUGCCCGGAUUAUGUCCAAGGGAUGUCCGGUAUGUAAUUCACGGUUUUUGCUCAAUAGAAUUGACUAAUUAUCAAAAGCAAAAGUUCUUGAGCAUUUUUAAGCCUUGCACAUUCCUAUGUAGCAUAGCUCAUGUACCAUAAGAUGUACUUAGUUCAAGGGUGGAGGAGGUGAUAAGGCUUGAGAUAGUUAUGUUUGGCCUCGCACGUACUCGUGUAUCAUAACGAUAUAUUUCAAGGAUGGAAAUGAUUAGUGCUUGAGAUGGUUAUGUUCGGCCUCACACAUCCUCGUGUAUCAUAAAGACUUAGGGCGUGUUUUUUAACUCGUGAUUCCGGAAUGAGAAUAAUUAGAAUAGAAAAAGCGCGCGUUCGUUUAUCCCGCGUUCCCAUUCCGGAAUGGAAAGAAGGCCAUUCCACCCAUUCUGUUACCUGUAGCAGAAUGACUCGAAUGCCAUUCUGAAUAUUCUCUACCAACCAUUCCCAUUAGUACAGCUGGGAAGCGUUUCUGUGUAAGCAGGCACUAACCAAGCGGGUUUGCAAUCUCGAAGGGUCGAACGCUUUUUUCCUUCGGCCAAGUGAAAAUAACGCCGAAAAGAACGUUCUCUCUCGGCCUGUAGGGAUCUAUAAGGAGUGCCCCAAAGAUUGCAGGGUUUCCGAGUAUGAGCUGUUUAAAAGGAGCAACCAGAUUAAAUCAGAGUUUUUUGGUUAGCAUUGGGCUUUAUCUUGUUGAGUACAUCACUGUGUAAAGUUUAUCUCUCAUUGAUUUCGUAGCAGCAUAUUCUAUAUUGUUCACUGUCUAACAUUGUAGAUGGCAAAUUGCUCAAAUUGUUAGUUUGCCUAAUUAACGCUUUUGUAAACUUGCAGGAUUCUCGCUUAUCGUGGAUAAUUAGUUUGUUAUAAUAAUCAUGAGCCUGUCCUAUAUUUUACCAAACACAUAGUUCUACUUUAGUUACACCACUUCUUUAGAUAAACAUACUGAAAUGUGUCAAUUGAAUAUUAAUCUUAAAUAAACAACGAUUAACGAUA